AUGAAGCUUCCAGCAGCCGAUGAGUUUCUCAAGCCGGCAAAAUAUACCGUCAAUGACAAAAAUUCGUAUUCUCACUGGAUUGCGACCAUUGUCGAUAAUGGGAAGGACCACACGGACAUAGUCUUAGAAGUUGCGAUGGUCAACCCGGCAAGCUUAAAAAAAGACGAGAAUGAAUUUGAUCCUGCCAACAUUCUUGCCAACAAGAUCUAUGCGACUCACCUGCCGCACGUCAAAUACCAGCCUAAGUUGCCGGUCUUCAUUCAUCCAACCGAUCAAAACAAAUACAUUCCCUUAACGGCUGGGAAUGUGCAGAAAUGGGCCACUGCCCUUCUCAUCCAGCUCAGUCAGCUCUUGGGACCCAGCUCAUCCCAGCUCAGGUCAGCUCAAGUUCAGCUCUCAGACCCAGCUCAGUCAGCUCUCCCAACCCAGCUUAGAGAUGGCCUCUUGACAUCCGGAUAUCAGCGGAUAUCCGGAUGCGAAGAGACCAUCUCUAACCCAGCUCAGUCAGCUCUCCAACCCAGCUCAGUCAGCUCUGGGACCCAGCUCAUCCAGCUGAUGAGGUCCACUUAA